AGUGUUGAAGUACAUGGUGUAGGACAUUACCAGGUUUCAAAUUCUUGGUUCAAUCCAACUAACAUUAUGCUUGUCAAUGGAAAAAGAAUUUUCAAAUCUAUAAACAAUCACUUUUGUGGUGUUGCUGUUGCCGUUGUUAAUCUGCUCACUCAUGAGAUUCCAAAUAAGUGGCUCCUGUCAUGUGAUUCAGAAGAUUCCACAGUGGACCUGUUUAGUCGCAUACCAGAAGAUGGGAGUCAUGCCCUUCUCAUUGCUUCCUAUCGGCAGAAUAAAUGGGAUGACAACAGUCUUCAUCAACUGAGAACCAGACUAUCUGUACUAAACCCUGAAUUAAUGAAAAUAAAAACUUUGAAGAAAGGAAGUGUAGCAGCAAUUCUACUCUUAGCCCAGAACUUUCAGCGAGCAUGGUGGGAGAAAGUUGAACUUCGACAAGAUGAAAACGUUUCUACAAUCCACACAUACCUAGAGUGUAUCUCUGAUCCAAUGGGAAAGGGUUGGGGCCCAUGGUCAUCCUGGAGUUCAUGCAUGAGGUUACCAGACCAGCAACUGAGAACACGAAGGGUUCACCAGUGUUGUGCAAUUUCCCCAAUAGAAGGAGAAUGUGUGAACCACAGCAUAGAGCUACAGUCAUGUACAGAAGAAUUCAGCCCAUGUUCUGCAGUACUUGAAGAUUACAUUUGGCCAAUGACCAUCCAAGGAGAAAUUGCUAAGGUUUCUUGUAAAGCAGGUAGAACAGGACAGGUAAAGCGACAGUGUAGAAAAAAUGGGACCUGGGAGUUGCCAGACUUUUCAGAAUGUGUGCAGGACAAACUUUAUAAUAUAUUGAAUACUGUUGAACACAUAUCUUCAACACCAGAAAAAAUUCAACAUGCUGUAGAUACCUUUACAAAGACAGUAGAUAAUGUUGAGACAAGGGCUGAUCUGGUAGUGGUAUCACAGGUGUUUAAAACAUUGGUGGAGAAAGGACAUGUAGGAGGCUUACUCUCAACAUCAGAGAUGAGGGAUGUUUUUAUACAGAACAUGUUGGUUGCUGUAGACUCUGUUCUCAAUGUCAAAAACAACAAGACUCUUACAUCAAAUCUCAAGGAGGUGGCAAGUUUCAUUUUAUCAACUGAACUGCUAGCUGUAAAAUCUUUAAGAUCUUUGGCUGAAAAUGAACCUUCUUCCAUAACAUACAAAGGAAACUGUUCAGAAAUGCACCUACGCAAGUUAUCUGCCAUUCAUAGUGAAGGUCUUGAGUACAAAAGUCAAGGGGCUGCCAUAAGUUUGUCUUCUAAGUCAUUGGCUGCUUUAAUUUCUUCAAGACAAAAUGUGUCUGAAGUUCGAGUUGUCAUCUGUGUAACAGGUGUUGGUUUUGUUGAGCCUACAUCACGUGAUGUUGUGUUCCCCUUGAACACAGUUGUCUCAGUUGCCUUUGAACCAUACCCUCAGGAUACCUUGAAUGAGCCAUUCUUCGUUGAUAUAGCAUUUGAAUAUGAUAACGAAAGAACUAAGAACUUUACCUGCGUAUAUUUCAACAUUUAUGAAACCAAUUAGUCCUGUCAGUCACUGUGCCUAUUCUAUUCUCCACACUGUUCUAUCUUCAAAUGUAUCUUCAAGAGCAUCUUUUGUUUUUA